UGCUGAUCAAAAGCUUGUUGGGGAACUUUACUUCACUUUUAACAGAACUUUACACUGGACUGGCACUCUGGGUUUUUGUAAUUCUUGGAAUAAAAAAGUCUUUAUAGGUUUUUUUGCUUGCAAUAUGCUGCAUUCUUCCACACUUCUGAGCUGAGAGCAAGUGUCCCUGUUACUAGUGACUGAGAAGGCAGUCAGAACACCCUUCACCAGUAUUGUGGAUGAUCUUCAGUGCUUUGUAGCUUUUCAUCAGAAGAGAAGAUUGAUGGUCACCAUAAACUCUUCCUAAAGAAGCAGUGAAAGAGACAGAUAUGGUAUUGGGAAUGGAAUUUGGGAUUUCUCCCUUCCUAAUACUCCUUGCACUUGGACUUUCCGGAGACACAUCACAUGCACAAAGAGCAGGUUGUAAAAAUGUCCAUUAUGACUUGGUCUUCAUCCUGGACACCUCGUCCAGCGUGGGCAAACAGAACUUCGAAAAGGUGCGGCAGUGGGUGGCCAACCUAGUGGAAACCUUUGACAUUGGACCGGAAAAGACCAGAGUAGGUGUGGUUCGCUACAGUGACAGGCCCACUACUGAGUUUGACCUUGGCAGGUACAGGACUGUAGGGGACAUCAAAAGAGCAGCUGGCAACAUUAGAUAUGUAGGAGGAAACACCUUCACAGGAGAAGCAAUCCGUUAUUUAACCACUCGAAGCUUCACAGAGGCUGCGGGCGCCAGGUCCAGUGCACUAGGCAUCAAGAAAGUUGCCAUCUUGAUGACAGAUGGCAGGAGUCAGGAUUUUGUUCUGGAGCCAUCUAAGGCAGCGCAUCAGGCUGGGAUAAGGAUGUUUGCAGUUGGCAUUGGAGAAGCACUGAAGGAGGAACUGGAGGAGAUUGCAUCCCAGCCCAAGUCUGCUCAUGUUUUCUACGUGUCAGACUUCAAUGCCAUUGACAAGAUAAGAGAGAAGCUGAGGAGAAGGCUGUGUGAGAAUGCGUUGUGCCCCAAUAUUAAGGUGGAAGGUGACCGGUUUAAAACUAGCAGUGGAGGAAAUACAGAUGAAAUCCCAGGAUUUGACCUAAUGGAUUUUUUCAACGUCAGAGAUCAUUUUGGUAUGAAGGAGGAUGAUGGGCAGAGUUCUUACGUACGGCUUGGGACUAUGCCCAUUGUUGAGCAGACUGAAGACGUGUUCCCGCAAGGUCUGCCCGAUGAAUAUGCUUUUGUCACCACAUUUAAGUUCAGGAAAACCUCAAGAAAAGAAGACUGGUAUAUCUGGCAGAUCUUCGACAAGUAUGGGAUGCCACAGGUGUCCAUCCGGUUGGACGGCCCUAACAAGGCAGUGGAAUACAAUGCUGUCGGACUGACAAAGGACGCAGUGAGAGCCGUCUUCAAGAGCACUGCUGUUAGUGACCUGUUCGAUCGCAACUGGCACAAGAUCGCUCUGAGCGUGGAGGGUAAAGCGGUGUCCCUCUACCUCGACUGCAAACUUGUAGAGACACUGCCUAUCGAGGAGAGGGAGGACAUUGACAUUCGGGGAAAGUCGGUCAUUGGAAAGAGACUCUAUGACAGCAUUCCUGUUGACUUUGACCUGCAGAGGAUGGUAAUUUACUGUGACUCCAGGCAUGCAGAGCUUGAGACCUGCUGUGACAUCCCCUCUGGUCCAUGCCAAGUCAAGUUUGUGACAGAGACUCCUAUCAUCGAAAUCACUCCAACAGUAAAUGGAGAGCAGCAAAGAGGAGAGAAGACAGUCAAAUGCUCCUGUCCUUCUGGAGAGAAGGGGGAGGUUGGCCCAUCUGGUCUAGCAGGAGCAAAAGGUGAAAAGGGUGAAAGUGGCAGCAGUGGUGCAAUUGGGCCUGCAGGGUCCAAAGGAGAAAAAGGAGAACCGGGCAGUAUAAGAUCAAUCAAUGGAGGAAACGGGGAAGAGGGUAAGGAUGGUGAAAAAGGUGAGACUGGAUCAGGAGGAGAAAAGGGGGAGAAGGGUACAUUUGGUCCACCAGGUCUUGCUGGUAAGAAGGGAGAUCAUGGUGAAACAGGAACUCCAGGAGAACCUGGUGAUAUUGGACUGCCUGGACCUUUGGGCCCAAAAGGAUUAGAAGGGCAAGCUGGAUCCUCUGGGAUACCUGGGCUCAGAGGAGUACCUGGUGAAAGAGGAGUUAAAGGUGAAAGGGGUACUGGUGGAGAGAAGGGAGAAAGUGGUUUAGAUGGAUUUCCUGGGAAAAUGGGUGUCCCUGGAAAAGAUGGAUUCAAAGGAAGCAAUGGAUUACCUGGUGUUAUCGGACCCAAAGGUGAAAAGGGUGGAAUGGGCCCUCCUGGAAUUUCAGGAGAUGCGAUUGAAGGCUUGAAGGGCGAACCAGGACCCCCUGGGCCCCGGGGACCUCCAGGGCUAUCUGGACCUGCUGGUCCACCAGGUCCUCCAGGUGCUGAUGGACCAGUAGGCGAGCCUGGGUUACAAGGUCAAAGGGGCAAGAAAGGAGAAGGUGGCCUGCCUGGAGUCGAUGGAUUGCCUGGACCCCCUGGGCCACAAGGACCUCCUGGAAACCCUGGGCCCCCUGGAAAAACUGGACCUCCAGGAUUACCAGGUGAAAUUGGAUUUUCUGGGAAACCAGGCGAGCCAGGCAAACAUGGUAUACCUGGAAAAGAUGGGUUGGAUGGCUUUCCAGGAAACGAUGGACAAAAGGGUCCACAAGGAGAAAGAGGCCUGGAUGGUUUACCUGGAAAGCCUGGUCCUCAGGGUGAUAGAGGCUCUGGUGGCCCCGAGGGUCCCCCAGGAUUGAAGGGAGAGGCUGGUCCUCCAGGUGUUCCAGGAUUAACAGGGCUGAGAGGAGAGAAAGGAGAUCCAGGUGACCGUGGGCAAGUUGGACCCCUGGGUCCAAAAGGUGACAGGGGAGACAAGGGUGACGUCGGAGCGGCUGGUCCUCCUGGGACCCCAGGAGAUGUUACAACAGUGACCCCACAGCCUGGAGAUCCAGGAGAACCUGGGCAGCAAGGAGAUAAAGGAGAUCAAGGACCACCAGGAGAUCCAGGUCCAAGGGGAUUCCCAGGUGAAGAAGGACUGAAGGGGCCACCAGGACCACCGGGUCAAAAAGGGGAGUCGGGACUCAGAGGAGAGCCUGGAGUGAAUGGAGAUGCAGGACCACCUGGCCAAACAGGUCCCCAAGGUCUACGUGGUUUACCAGGCAAUGUGGGUUUACCAGGGAAUGAUGGUCAAUCUGGAGUAGAUGGACAAAAAGGGGAAAAGGGAGAGGCUGGUAAGGAAGGCAGGCAAGGCUCAGCCGGACGUCCAGGAGAGCCUGGGCCUGCUGGAAUCCCAGGCUUACCAGGCAAGGGGAAGGAUGGGGAGCCGGGAGAGCCUGGAACACAUGGAUUGGCUGGACCCCAGGGGCCGAAGGGGGAUUCUGGACCACCUGGGAUGCGUGGACUUCCUGGAGAUAGAGGUCCACCUGGGACUGGGUUACCUGGGCAACAGGGAUCACCAGGAACUGCAGGAGAAAAAGGACCCCAGGGCCCAAGAGGUGUACCUGGAGUAGCUGGACCCCAGGGUCCGCCUGGACAUAAUGGUUUACCUGGAAGGCCAGGAGACAGGGGAGUUCCUGGGGAGCCGGGUUCAGUAGCUCAGAUCUCUCAAAAGGAACUUGGCAUCCUUCUUAAGGAUGUGUGCACUGAUUGCCCAGCUGGACCUCCUGGGAUGCCAGGUCUCCCAGGGUUCAAAGGUGACCAAGGUUUGACAGGUCCACCAGGAAAAGAUGGGAAUAAUGGGCACCAGGGGCCGCCUGGGCCUCCUGGUCCUAUAGGUCCACGUGGGAUGGACGGGAUGAAGGGAGGCAAAGGAGACCAAGGGGCUGCAGGUGAAGCUGGAGAAAAAGGCGAGACGGGAUUCCGAGGAGCACCCGGCUAUCCUGGCACAGCUGGCUUAGCAGGUCAACCUGGGUUAGAUGGAAUCCCAGGGUCUGUAGGUCCACCUGGAGCCCCCGGAGAGAAGGGCAAAGACGGUAUCAGAGGAAUACAGGGUCCACCGGGACUGCCUGGGCUGAUGGGAAUGACAGGAAAGAAUGGCAAAGAUGGAAAACCAGGGGAGACUGGGGAAACGGGUAAACAGGGUGAGCCAGGGCUUCCGGGCAGAGACGGACUAAGAGGUAUUCCUGGUUUUAAGGGGCACAGAGGGGAUCCUGGUCCCUCGGGUUCCAGAGGAGAAGCAGGCAUGAUGGGAGCAAUGGGACGAGCAGGGCUUCCAGGGAAAGAUGGUAACCCUGGUCCACCAGGUCCACAUGGUCUCCAAGGGCCAAGAGGGGAGGAGGGCAGAGCUGGACUUCCUGGUGCUCAAGGGAAAGCAGGCGUUGCAGGUGCUCUGGGUCCUAAGGGAGACAAAGGAGAUUUGGGGAGCCCAGGAUUACCGGGCUUUUCAGGACCACAAGGACCCCCAGGACCACCUGGACAGCUUGGGCCUCAAGGACAAGAUGGGCUGCCAGGCAAACCAGGAGAGCGUGGAGCCAAAGGGGAAAGGGGGAAUGAUGGCAUAAAAGGAGACAAAGGGCCACAUGGAGAUACAGGACUAGACGGAGCUCCUGGGGUUAAGGGUCACAAAGGACACACAGGGAUGAUAGGAAUGACGGGGCCUGCUGGAGAAAGUGGCCCCCCUGGGUCUCCAGGUACUCCUGGUCAGCCCGGCUUUCCUGGGCCUCGGGGGGAAUCUGUAACGAUGGAAGAGCUGCGAAGGCUUAUUCAGGAGGAGCUUGCAAAGCAGUUAGAUGCUAAAGUGGCUUACCUCAUGGCUCAGAUGCAGCCAGCAUAUGUGAAAUCUUCUCCUGGCCGGCCCGGUCCCCCUGGUCCUGAAGGCAAAGAGGGGCGUCCAGGGAGCCCAGGUCCCCCAGGAGAGCCAGGAAGCCCGGGGCUGAACGGGGCAGAGGGUCCCCGAGGACCAAUGGGUCCAAAGAGCGAAAGAGGAGCAAAGGGGGAGAGGGGCGAAAGUGGAAUUGGACAAAGAGGAGAAAUCGGUCCCACUGGGCCUGCGGGUAUCCCAGGCGUCCCUGGCUAUGGGAAGGAUGGACUGCCUGGAACAGCGGGGGCCCAGGGAGAGCCAGGAAACCCUGGCCCGCCCGGCCCACUUGGACCUCCAGGGCCCGCCGGAGUGUGUGACCCCUCUCAGUGUGCUUACUAUGCAAGUCUGGCUGCCAGGCCUCCCAAUGUCAAGGGGCGUUAAACCAAUAAACCAUGUACAGAAACUGCAAAGGAUAAUGUAAUUUAUGAACUUGGACUUUUAACAAACAAAAUGUUUUCAAUACCCAAUUUGGGAUUUACUAGCAACAGUUGCUGCCGGUCAGUUUUUUUUUUUUUUUUCCUGCGAGAUAUUUUGGGAUUUUUGUCUUUCUUGUCAGGGAAUUGUUAUUAAUAUAAUGUAACAAUGAUACUCAUGCUGUUGUGUUCAAAUAGCCAGCAGUGGCUAGACAAAAUGGCCCUCGUUGUUCCUGUUGCAUUCUUUGCUUGUGUCAUGACUUUAACUAAGGGAAUCACCUUAUCCUCCUAGUGUUUUGCUGUCUUAGAAAAAUCCUGUUGGGCCACAGGCAUUUACCACAGUUUUCAGUUCUCUUAAGAGGUCUGAGAAUUGGUUUAAAACUGUGUGUGUGUGCCAUAAGUUCAGGUUCAGGCAGAUUGGUUAUCCCAGUGUCUGCUUGUGACACAAGCUUGGUAUUUGGACUCCGUGGGGUUGGAUUAUCUGACUUUGGGUAAAGAAAUAAUUUGCCUAGCAGACCUUGACUUGGACUAAAGUAAUACAUCUUUACAAUGACUGCAAGGGCUGCUCUGAUUGUCUUGUGAUCUCAGCGUGCCAACAACAACAAAAAAGUCUUCCCAAGAGCCAUUUCUUCUUAAUCUUCAUCAAUAACAAAUACAAAUGUUUUCCCAAUUUUUGUAAUAAUAAGAGUGAUAAACCCAAUAAGCAACAGAAAAUGUAAUAAAAAUAGACAUUCUUUUGACAAUGAUGUUAUCAAAUGCAAACUCUAAGCUUUCUUUGACCAAUUGAACAUGCUCCUCCUGAAAUCGAUGAAUGGGUUUGUGAUGCAAAGUAAUGCAUCUCAGAAAUUAGAUAACCGUUCUUUCUUACAUGCCAUUAUCAGCUUUUUAUUAUAGGUUAGCAAGUCUAGUAUGACAGAGGCCUACUUUGACUUCCCUCACAAAGUUAUGUACUUGUGUAACUAGAGAGUAUUCUUCACAGCUGCUUUACUGCUCAGGGUUUCAUCUCUCUUGCCCUGUACCCGUUCCACUGACAAUACAGGGCUUUUGAACCCUGGGAUGUGUGCUGAUUCAACAGCCCUUGUGCCAAUGGUUAAGGAGAAACAAAGUUUAUGUUCUGCCUAUAUAUCGUUUUUAAUUGUAUCAACUUGCCUGGUAACAAUUUAUUGAUUAAAAAUUAUCCUGAUUGUAUGCCAAGGCCAAGAAUCAUUACUCCAAAAGAAGAAAAAAAGUACAAGAAUAAUGCAUUACAUUUGAGUCUGUUUCAGAAUAAAAGUGACAGUUAGUGCCCCUAAUGCAGUCCCUGGUGGACUGUUACUUUACACUCGAAACCCAGUCUGCAUACCUGUCAGUAUUCAUGUUAGACUAGGUCAUAAUUACAGUGUCCUGAAAAAUGUGUCAGACCACAUUUACCAUAUCUAGUAUUUUGUUGGGUCACCACAAGCGUGGAUGGCAUUGAAGCUGCGUAGUCCCUCUACAGGACUGUAAAAUGUCUAGAUUCUUCAGAUUUUGAUUGACUUGGGGGAAAAAAAACAACAACAAAAAAAAACAACUUUCCACAUCACAUUUCACACAGUAAGGUUUGGCGGUCUGGUUAUCUAAGUGGUUUCCUUAUUGCUCUUCACAUUCUAGUCUUUACAGGGUUGUCAGCUGUUGCUUGCUCUUAUUAUAUUUUUUUCAUACCCUUCUACCAUGAGUAAUUUGGAAAUCAGCAACACUUUACAUGGGACAGUGCUUUGGGUGCUUUUUCCAAGAUUGGUGUGAGGAAAGAAUUCAGAUUUUCUUCCAGUUCCCUUCAGGUUAUGUUUAUGCCUGUUUGUGCGAAUGCCUAACUCCACCUGUACUCUUAUAAGUACAUACUGUAGAGGUCAUUGUUUUAAACCGUCAGAGUAAAAAUAUUUGUUCUAAAUGCUAAUGGUUAAUAGUGCCUGGUGUUACCUGUUAAAUUACCAACAGCAGGAAAGUUGCUGAAUGGAUGACUUUGGUCCUGUGAUUAUUCACAAAAUAUUAAUAUAAAACAUUUUUACAUUGACUACAGUAAAUGACAAGAAUGUGUUAGUCAAUGUUCCAAAUAUAAAAGAAAAUGGUGUCUUAUUAUGCCCUAAACAUUACAUGAAGAAUAAGUAUUCAACUCCAAAAGAAAAUACUUGCAUGCUUCAGCUUUAUUUAGUACAUUGCAGCCCAUGCCUGUUUGAUGCAAUACAGGAUACAGAAAAGCACCUUUAUUGCUAAACUAUUUAUUAAAGGUGCAGAUUUUGUUUAUGUUUUGUUGGGUUUUUUGGCAAUAGUGCCUUAGUAAUAACAGUGUGUUGUUUUUUCCCUUUCCUAUUGUAUGUUUGGGCUUGAAAUAUAAUUCAUUAUUCAUGUGUAACUAUAUACGGUGGCUCGUUGAGGCCAUAAAUAAUAAUAAUAAAAAAAACCUCUCUCAUGUCGAGAUCAUUUCUCCCAGGACCUCAAGAAAAUUGAAGUGAUUAUGUUAGUUUUCCUGACAUAAUUGAUCUAUUUUAGGAAAACUGAAUUAUGACUAUUCUCUCGAGAUCCUGAGAUAAAUUAUCUCGUGACCUCAACAUAAUGAAGAUUGUUUUUUUUCAGACGGCCGCAACGAACCGGCGUAAACUAUGAGUGUUUGUUAAAUUAUUUUAAGGGUCUCAACAUGCUGGUUAGAAAUGAUUUCAAGUUGAGCUGUAGCAUGUGUUGCAUAUAUAGAACGGUGCUGUUUUACUCUGAUUUCUCCUCUUCCUUAUGAAAAUGCUAAACUGCAAUCUAAUCUCUAAUAAAGUUUGGUACAGGUUCAUUUUACAUAAAACACCCUCUGUUUUUUAUAUUUUUUCACUUACAACAUCAAAGUUAGACCUUUCAAUAUGUAUUUUAUAAAUGUAUACAACAAACCCCAAGAUAUAAAAACAUAUAUAAUUUGCUGCUUGCAUAAAGGGCCAUUUAACUGGUGUACAGAGAUUGCCUUACUUUAAAACCCUUAGUUGUAUCAGUACAGCUAGCCUCUAUGUACCCAGUUUGGAUUCACUUCAGUGUCUGUUUGCCUCAUGGGGAGUUCAAGGACAGUAAGCCAACUCUGUUGUACUGGUGACUGUCAUUCCCUUUCAAUUCGAAGAUGACCACCAACCAAUAUUUUUUGGAAAUGCCUGCCUUGGGUGAGCAUUUAAUGUCAGAGCUGCCGAUAGGCCCCUCCGUGGAGUGAUGUCCUUGGUCCCGCCUCCUGAGGGAACAAACAGUUACUUCACAGAGCUCACUUCCUCUUUUGCCUCGACUACGGUAAGAUACGCUUCUGUGUAACACCAACUUGAGUGUGUUUUUGAAAGAGCUCCUCUGAGUCGACUGUAAUCUCCUUGAAUUCAUGCUGAGAGCCAGCUUGCCACUCUCGUGGAAUCAGUGGCUCCAUUUUGAGUGUCUUUUUUUCCUUCUUCUUCACAGUCUGCUUCACUUGUGUGACAGGCCGUCUUUUCCUGGCUAUGAGUGUCAGUGCCUGUGCAGUAUUGGUGUGUGCAUGUGCAGGGAAAACACUGUUCCUCUGCCAGGGCUCGGCUUGCCGCGCCCUCCGUUGAAUGAUUCUGCCAGCUGUCCUUAGCGCAGCUUGGGCAAAAUAGACAACAGUCAGUGAGCCAUGUGUUCGUCCACUGGGGCUGUGUUUUAGCCUGCCCAGCUGUUGAGUAGACCUCACCGGCUGCCUUGGCCCGCCCACCUCGGUGCGUUGGGCCUUCAAAAAAGUGUGUUCUUCCUUCUCUCUUUUUUCUCUCAACUUACUGAGCUCUCGCCCGCGUAGCUUAGGCCUGUGUGUCUCCCCUGCUGCAUGCUGCACGCUGACAAGGUGGCCUACUACACAAGGUUAGGAUAAUCACCGCAGCAUUAGCUGUCUCCCGGUGCUUUGGUACCUCAGUGCAUGCUAAGCCUUUGGUACUUCGGUGCCUCGGUGCACAUGGUGCACAUGGUGCUCAGUGCAUACGAUGCUUGGUGCACAUGGUGUGCACUGUACUUUGGUGCCUCGGUGCACACGAUGCUUGGUGCACUUGGUGCUUGGUGCACACGGUGUGCACUGUACUUCGGUGCCUCGGUACACACGGUGCUUGGUGCACUUUGUGCUUGGUACACACAGUGUGCACUGUACUUCGGUGCCUCAGUGCACAUGGUGCUUAUUGCACUUGGUGCUUGCUGCAAACGGUGUGCACUGUACUUCGGUGCCUCAGUGCACACGGUGCUUGGUGCACUUGGUGUAUCCAGUGCAUACAGUACUCAGUUGCCCCAGGACCCUGCGUGCCCGCAACCCACAAAACUCCCUCUCCGUGCUCAAGUGCGGGGCAGGUCGAGCUGCUGGAAAUCUUCCCAGGCAAACACAAUAACCCGGACAGUCCCAAUUCCCAUGGCCCCUCUGGGUUACCUAAGGCACUGUCUGCAGUCCACCACAGCAGCAGGCAACCAGACCCUCCUGCAAGGAAAAGGCAAUGCAUGGUGUGGUGCUUCCAAGCAGCAGUGCUCCAGGAGGAAGUUCCAGGGCUGUCGCCCUAGUCAGCUGCCUCAGUGUGCUCCGUCCCAACCUCAGGUCCACCCAUUCACACAACAUCAGCUGCAAUACUGGAGCAAUUGCACCUUGGACUCCUUGGUUUUUGCCACCAUACACACCAGAUGCACAUAUCCGUGGAUGAUCCUCUCCAGGUUCUGGCCUUCAGGCAAGAAAUAGAGAAACUACUUCUCAAACAAGCCAUCCAUCUCGUAGACUCCACCUCUCAAGAAGAUGGGUUCUACUCAAGAGACUUUCUGAUGCCAAAAAAGGAUAGCUGCCUUCGCCCCAUCCAAGACCUGAGACACCUCACAGGGUUCUUGAGGGAGAGGAGGUUCCAGAUGGUCACACAUCGUUACAUCCUCAGGUCUGUCCGGCCGGGUGACUGGUUUACAACAGAGGUGGGAGGUAGGUUGCAAUCCUAAGCUCCCUUGUAGCUGCAAGGGAUCAGGGUGCUGAACUACCUGAAUGACAGGGUGAUCUGUUCCCGGACAGGAAGGAGCAGUGGCCCACAGGGUGACAGUGACAAACCAUCUAGCGAGACUAGGUCUCACUCUCAACAAGGCAGCAGAGUAUGGUCUUCUUGGGUCUCCAGCUGAAUUCACUCACCAUACGAGCCAACCUGGCGGACGACAGAGUAGUGGCUAUUCAAAACUGUCUAGCCCUGUCUCAACAAGGGUUCACAGUGCAAUUGGUGUUGCAUCAAAAAAUAUUGAGUCUGAUGGCUGCAGCCUCAUCAGCUAUCCAACUGGGGUUACUGUGUACUCAAGCGUGGCUCAAUUCCUUUCGGUUACACCCCAAGCGAAACAGACACUGUCAACAUGUUGAGAAGCCCUGCUAUGGUGGAGACAAACCUCCCACUUGCACGAAGGUGUAGUGAUGGGAGUAAUACACAGCUGUCAAGUGGUGGCGACAGACACAUCCAACCUG